AGUCGCGUGCGCGAAGGUGGAAGCGGGCAUAUCGUAAGGUAGAGAGCCAUCAGCGAUUGUCGAAUGCCGCCCAGCGCAGUCCAUAUUCUCCCUUUCUUCCACUCUCGCCAUGUCCUUCGAAAACCCCACCCAAAUCUUCGAAGAAGGCUCGUAUGAAGAGAAAGGCGAGAAUGCACGACUGUCCGCCUUUGUGGGCGCCAUCGCCGUCGGCGACCUUGUCAAGUCCACCCUUGGUCCAAAGGGUAUGGACAAGAUCCUCCAAUCCGCAUCAACGGGCGAAAUCCUUGUAACAAACGACGGCGCAACAAUCCUCAAAAGCAUCGCCCUCGACAACGCGGCAGCAAAAGUGCUCGUCAACAUCUCCAAAGUGCAAGACGAUGAGGUAGGCGACGGCACCACCUCCGUCACCGUCCUCGCCGCCGAACUAUUACGAGAAGCGGAACAACUCGUCAACCAGAAAAUCCACCCCCAAACCAUUAUAGAAGGCUACCGUAUCGCCUCCACCGCCGCACUUAAAACCCUCUCCGAACACGCCGUCGACCACAGCGCCGAUUCAUCCCGCUUCCGCAGCGACCUCGUCGCCAUAGCUCGUACAACCCUCUCCUCCAAAGUCCUCUCCCAAGACCGUGACUACUUCGCCAACCUCGCCACAGACGCCGUACUACGGAUGAAAGGCUCCACCGAUCUAACGCACAUCCAACUCAUCAAGAAGGCCGGUGGGAAACUCUCCGAUUCCUACCUCGACUCGGGCUUCAUCCUCGACAAGAAAUUCGGCGUCAACCAACCCAAACGCGUGGAAAACGCACGGAUCCUAGUUGCAAACACGGGCAUGGAUACGGAUAAAGUCAAAAUCUUCGGCGCGCGCGUCAAAGUAGAAGGCACAGGCAAACUGGCCGAGCUGGAAAAAGCGGAGCGGGAAAAGAUGAAGCGGAAAGUGGAACGCAUCAAAGCGCACGGGAUCAAUUGCUUCGUCAACCGUCAACUCAUCUACAACUGGCCCGAACAACUCUUCGCCGACGCCGGCAUCUCCUCAAUCGAACACGCGGACUUCGACGGGGUCGAACGACUCGCGUUAGUCACUGGGGCGGAAAUCACGAGUACCUUUGACCACCCCGAGCACGUCAAGCUAGGCCACUGCGAUUUAAUCGAAGAAGUCAUGAUAGGCGAGGACACGCUCCUCCGUUUCUCCGGCGUCGCGGCAGGGAGGGCGUGUACGAUUGUGCUGCGGGGCGCGACGGCGCAGUUACUGGACGAAGCGGAGCGGAGUCUUCACGACGCGCUGGCGGUGCUGUCGCAGACGAUUGCGAAUCCCCGCGUUACGCUCGGAGGCGGGUGCGCGGAGAUGGUGAUGAGUAAGGCUGUGGACCAGGCGGCGCAUAAUGUGAGCGGGAAGAAGGCGUUGGCGGUGGAGUCGUUUUCGAAGGCGUUGAGGCAGUUACCUACGAUUCUGGCUGAUAAUGCGGGGUUGGAUUCUUCGGAUUUGGUGAGUCGGCUGCGCAAAGCGGUGUACGCGGGCAUGGAGAGUAGUGGGUUGGAUCUUAUGACGCCGGGGGGCGGGAUUGCGGAUAUGCGGGAGUUGGGGGUGGUGGAGAGUUAUAAACUGAAGCGCGCGGUGGUGAGUAGUGCGAGUGAGGCGGCCGAGUUGUUGUUGAGGGUCGACAAUAUUAUAAGGGCGGCGCCGAGGAAGAGGGAGAGGAUGUGAGUGCGCAAAGCGUGCGAGGGCAUUGAAUGAUGAUAGUCAUGUGUGCAUGCAUAGCGUGGGUGCUCAAGGCUGUAUAAGCUAUGGAAUCCGACACGUCACCGCCACUUAGGCGGUCCUGCGCUGAAGUGUGCCUAAGCUUGUCUGUCCUUCGCGCACUGCACGUCUUCCUUCCGCGGCUUGCUCGUCUGGACGCGGAGCCUCUAUCUUGAAUGCGUCUCAACCUCGUCCAACGUCCCUUGUCGCGACUAAUGCACGGCUUGACAGG